AUGUAUCAAGAAGGUUUUGAAGAAGAGAUUGAUCUAUCUCCAGAUAUUGACUUAUUGACCAAUAAUGUUUACACUGGAAUUGAAGAAGAGUUGGACGAUGAGUCCCUUCAACAAAUGCAAUUGUUACUUCAACAACAAUAUGCACAACAAGAAAUACCCGAAGUUGUAAAAAAUUUCAUUAUUUAUUUUCAUCGAAACAUUCUUGAAAAUAAUGUAUAUGAAUUACAUGGAAUAUACGAAAAUUCCUUCAAUCGGCUGACAGAAAAAUUCUAUGCAAAAACACCCUGGCCUGAAGCGGAUUUCAUUGCACCUUUGGUUAACGAUGAUCAAGUAUUUUUGACUUUGUAUCGAGAACUUUAUUUUCGUCAUAUAUAUUCCAAACUUACUCAAACUCUUACUAUCGAACACCGUUUUCAUUCAUAUGAGAAUUAUUGUGAUUUAUUUAAUUACAUUUUGAAUUCGGGUGGACCGGUUAGCUUGGAACUUCCCAAUCAAUGGCUUUGGGAUAUUAUUGAUGAGUUUAUUUAUCAAUUUCAAUCAUUUUGUAAUUAUCGUAAUCGUCUCAAGAACAAGACCAAGGAAGAAAUUACAUUAUUACGAGAAAACGUACAGGUCUGGAGUUGUUAUAGUGUAUUGAACGUCUUAUAUUCACUCAUCACAAAAUCCAGAAUUACUGAACAAUUACUUGUAAGCAAACAUGGAGGUGACAUGAUAGAAGCUGCAGGCGAAUAUGGGUCACGUCCUUUGUACAAAAUGUUAGGUUAUUUUAGUAUUAUUGGUCUAUUAAGAGUUCAUUGUUUAUUAGGUGAUUAUACAUUAGCACUUAAAAUGAUGGACAAUAUUGAACUUAACAAAAAGGCUCUUUUCGCACGUGUAACCGCAUGUCAUGUCACAACCUACUAUUAUGUGGGUUUUGCUUAUAUGAUGAUGAGAAGAUAUGCAGAUGCUAUUAAAGCAUUUUCACACAUUCUCGUUUUCAUCGCGAGAACAAAAAUGUAUCAUACACGAUCUUAUCAAUUUGAUCAGGGUGAUCAAAUGUACGCUUUAUUAACUAUUUGUAUUGCUUUGUGUCCAACACGAUUGGAUGAAAAUAUUCAUACUCAUCUCAAAGAAAAAUAUGGUGAACACUUAAUCAAGAUGCAACGUGGUGAGGAAGGAAUACAAACAUUCGAAGAUUUAUUUUUGUACGCCUGUCCAAAAUUUAUUUCACCAAUCGGUCCAAAUUUCGAAGAUCCUAACGCCUUAGUUCAAUCAAUUGAACCACAUCAUCAUCAUGCAAAGAUUUUUCUGGCAGAGGUUCGUCAUCAAAUUCUUAUCCCAACACUACGAUCAUAUUUAAAAUUGUAUACGACUAUGGGAAUUGAUAAGUUAGCGGCUUUCCUAGAUAUUGAUUCUAGCGAAUUAAGAACUCAAUUACUUAUUGUUAAACAAAAAUCCCGUCAACAAAAAUGGAUUAAGGGCACGUUACUUGAAGGAGAAUAUGUGACGACAUCAGAUCUCGACUUUUGUUUGAAACAGGAUAUGAUUCAUAUCGCUGAAUCAAAAGUAGGACGUCGUUAUGGAGAUUGGUUCUUACGUAACAUAAAUAAAUUCCAGGAUAUUAUUGCAGGAAUGGAUUUCCGUAACUGA